UAAGGUUUGUGUUCGGCCAAUCGCACAGGCUGUUUUACCAAACCGCCGCAGAGUAUAAUAGUCUAGUUUCUUGUGUUCUGAGGGUCAUUUUCUUUGGUUUUUGUUUUGACUUUAGUGUUUUGUCAUGUCUGGCCGGGGGAAACAGGGCGGUAAGGUACGUGCCAAGGCGAAGACCCGCUCUUCGCGCGCCGGGCUCCAGUUCCCCGUGGGACGUGUGCACCGCCUGCUCCGCAAGGGCAACUACGCCGAGCGGGUCGGGGCCGGCGCUCCGGUGUACCUGGCGGCGGUGUUGGAGUACCUGACGGCCGAGAUCCUGGAGCUGGCGGGCAACGCGGCCCGCGACAAUAAGAAGACGCGCAUCAUCCCGCGUCACCUGCAGUUGGCCAUCCGCAACGACGAGGAGCUCAACAAGCUGCUGGGCAAAGUCACCAUCGCUCAGGGCGGCGUCCUGCCCAACAUCCAGGCUGUACUGCUGCCCAAGAAGACCGAGAGCCACCACAAGGCCAAGGGAAAAUUUCAAAAUCAAAGAUGGCGUCCGGCGGUCCUGGGACUGGCUCUGGUGGUGCUUGAGGUUAUCGCACCGUGAUCUCCUUUCUGGAAUGAAAAAUGUUCACAGAGGAAGGGAGUGUUUUCUCGGAGAAAUAAACACCAGGUGCAUAGUACAACUCUAACUAGAAAAUAAUCAGUUUCAAAGUGAAAUUAAGCAAGAAAGAAAGAUCUCUGA